AACCACUCGUGAACUAAUUUCUCAAACCGGUCAACCGAUUCAUCAAAAAGAUUCGAUUCAAACGAACGAUUCGUUCAGUCCGACGUCGCACCUUCAUGCGUAUCCCAUCGUUUACCUGCCUUACGCUUACAAAUGAAAAAUAAAUCAUGCUUCACUGAUUCAUAAUGUGAAGAAUGCCUCCUUGACCGUGUGUGUGUACCGCUGCAGUCUCACCUGUGCGCCACAUAAGCACGAGCCCUCCUUUUUGCGCUGCCACGUCAUUCACCACUGUCGUGCGCAUCCCUUGGAGACUCUGACGUGUCUGUCCACAUAACCGGCAGCUGGGAGAAAAAUAUUAAAACUCACUAUAAUCUCACAGGCGACAUUCAGCGGGGAUCAUGGGGGGAUCGCAGAGUUUGGAAAUUCCAGGAGGUGGUUCGGAGGGCUAUCACGUUCUCAGAGUGCAGGAGAAUUCUCCCGGGCACAGAGCAGGACUCGAACCCUUCUUUGACUUCAUUGUGUCCAUCAACAACACGAGACUGAACAAGGAUAAUGACACGCUGAAAGACAUAUUGAAGGCUAGCGUUGAGAAACCUGUGAAGAUGCUAGUGUACAGCAGCAAAACCCUGGAGCUGCGGGAAGCCACUGUUACUCCCAGCAACAUGUGGGGCGGCCAGGGUCUUCUGGGGGUCAGCAUCCGCUUUUGCAGCUUUGAAGGAGCCAAUGAGAACGUCUGGCAUGUUUUGGAAGUGGAGCCAAACUCUCCUGCAGCAUUAGCAGGAUUAAGACCACACACCGACUACAUCAUCGGAGCAGACACAGUCAUGAACGAGUCAGAGGACUUAUUCUCAUUGAUAGAAACCCAUGAGGGCAAAGGCCUGAAACUCUACGUCUACAACACCGACACGGACAACUGCAGAGAAGUGGUCAUUACGCCCAACGGUGCCUGGGGUGGAGAGGGCAGUCUCGGCUGCGGCAUCGGCUAUGGUUACCUGCACAGAAUCCCAACUCGGCCGUUCGAGGAGGGCAAGAAAAUAAGCUUCCCCGGACACACCCCGAGUGAACCCGCCAGCCCGUUGAAAGACGGCUUCACAGAGGUUCAGCUGUCUGCAGUGACUCCGCCCCCUGUGUCACAGCCUGUUCCCACAGGACUCGAGGACAGUCUAUCCGGCCUGUCACUCAGCUCUGCCCAGCCCUCGAUGCCCAGCGAGCUCCACACAGGUGUUCCUACAGUCCCCCUGCUGCCCACUCAGGUGACCCCAGGGCUGGGUACCCUUCCCAUUGUCACCCCCUCCACCACUGUACCAGGUUUGAUAUCCUUACCGUCUGGUCUCCCUCCCCUGCCAAACCUGCCUAACCUCCCGAACCUUAAUCUACCGUUACCGAACCUUAGCGCUGUAUCUUUAGCUGGAAUCAGUGGGUUACCUCAUAAUACAGCAGGUUUGCCCCCUCUUCCUCCUCUGAACCUGCCUGGCAUCUCUCCUCUGCCCAUGCACCCCGUUCUCUCUUCCACACUUCCCAGCAUGCCAGGCGUCACGCUGCCAUCUUCCCUGGCACCAUCUGACUUCGCACCGCCCGUCUCCUUAGCGAACGUGCAAACUCCAGCGCUCAUACUGGAUGCCACGCCUAACCCUGCGGUCAAAGACAUGCCUGUUGCCCCCGAGACCCUGUUACCGCAGACGACCCCGGAGUCCUCGUAACGACCUCGUAACGUAUUGUAUUUAUUCAGUACAAAAAGAUUCCAGUGUGCAAACACACACCGAGAUAAAACGCGGUUCUGUCGAGAGAUGCCAGUGUCUGAGGUCCGAGGGAGGACAGAUCUCUAAUAUUAAAACGUUCAGUGAGAUGAAAAGCGGCUGUUGUACGUCUCUCUCCUCAGAAUCUGUGGCGUCUCGUGCUUUUUCUUUCUGUAUAUCAUGUAAUCAAACGUUAGUUAGCAUUCCCUGUAAUUACCAAUUGCUAUGUGAUUUUACAAUGUAACGUCUGGCCUUCUUUUCUUUCUUUGCACCAUAUUUCGAAUGCUUUGAUUUUUCUUUAUACGUGGUCAGACCGGGCUCUGGGCCUCUGUUUCUCUCGCUCACACACUCUCUGUAAGAUAGAUCUGCCGUCGAGAUGAGUGGAAAACACGAUUCAGAUGAAUGUGCGCUUGUGCAGUUUGAAGAUUGUGAAGGAAUCUCUCAUUCAAACACACACAAGCAAUAAACUACCCAGUUUUACACUA